CAGCCAGAAGCACGGAGUUGCACACACCCAACUUUUGCAGCUUCCAGUUCAUUCUUUGCAAUGCCCUUACGAACUAAGGCGCCUCCCGUGCGGGCCUCUCUAAUCCCCCCUUGUCACUCCACUACCCACACCUAGAGGCUAGAUUCCUCCACGUCACACAGAGAAAGGGCGGUGUCUCUGAUAUUGCAGUGUGGCGUCUAGGCGGACUCCCUACAGGGCGGGACUAGCCGAUGGUGAAUGGGCAGCGGAUCCUGCGCCUAGUCUCCAUGGCUGGCCGCGUCUGUUUAUCCCGGGCCAGCGGGGAAUCCCGGACUGUUGGUCCGGUGGAGGCAGCCAUUCGCGCCAAAUUGGAGCAGGCCCUGAGCCCCGAGGUGCUGGAGCUACGCAACGAGAGCGGCGGCCACGCGGUCCCAGCCGGCAGCGAGACGCAUUUCCGCGUAGCGGUGGUGAGCUCUCGUUUCGAGGGACUGAGCCCCUUGCAACGGCACAGGCUCGUACACGCCGCCCUGUCUGAGGAGCUGGCUGGGCCAGUCCAUGCACUCGCUAUCCAAGCACGGACCCCUGCCCAAUGGAAGGAGAACCCUCAGCUGGACACUAGUCCUCCCUGCCUGGGUGGGAACAAGAAAACUCGAGGAACCCCCUGAACCCAAGAGAGGGGAAGGGUCAAGAUCAAAUGGGCUAGGUGAGAAUGAACUGAGGCCUUCCACUCAAUACAGUCCGGGACUUGUAAGGGGCAAGGAUCCCUGGGCCCCAUUGCGUUAAAGUCCAUGUAUAUUCUCCAAAGAGCUACCGGCUUCAGGUCAAAGCUAAACCAAGGAAAGAGCAGAGUCACUCAUACUGCUCUUGCCCGGUUGUUCCCAUGCUAAAUUGUGACUAAGGAGCUGCAUCAGAACUGAUGAAUUGUAAAUAAUUCAUAUAUUAAAAGAGAAAUUAAAAGAGA